UCGUCUUCCCUUUUCAUGACCUCUUUCCUUUUCUUUUUUUCUUCUUCUUCUUUUAUCUCCUUUAUUUCUCCUCUCCUCCCUUUGCGCACGCAUCCAAACCUCUCCCCUCCCAGUUUCUCAAUGAAUCUUUCACCCAGGUUCAACCCCUCCUACUUUGUGUAAGCGCUUAAUUGUCAGCCUCGACGAAAACUUGCGUAGGCUUAAAUACCGAGUGCGCCUCGCUUUGGGGGUGGAACUGGCCAACCUGUCGGAGCGGGCAUCUCUUGUGUCUCUGCGUGUGUGUGUGUGUGCGCGCGCGCGUGUGUUUUUCCUCACUUUCUCCUCGUGCGCUUUUGGUUUAUUGGUGCCGCUGACCCGCCAGCAUGCAGGUGUCUCUGACCCUCCUCGUCUCCAGCGCGGCGCUGCUGCUGCUCCAAGGAUGCUGCAUCGCAGUGAAGGGAUGGAAGGUACUAAAAAAUGAUGCUACGGAGAUUUUACCGGAGUACAGAGAGAACACUCGGACUGUCCAGGAGGCAGUGCCACAGGCGAACAGCGGCAGAAAUAGCAGUAGCACAGCGAAUAACAGGGCGAAAACCGGCGGAAGAGGCGCAAACACAGUCUCUUACAGUGCCUCAGAGCUGAGCUGUAGGGAGCUGCGUUCCACCCGCUACAUCACCGACGGAUCCUGCCGCAGUGCCAAGCCCGUGAGGGAGCUGGUGUGUUCGGGCCAGUGCAUGCCAUCGCACCUCAUGCCAAACUCCAUCCUCCGCGGCAAGUGGUGGAGGAGCAACGCCUCGGAAUACCGCUGCAUCCCGGCACACUCCCGGACGCAGAGGGUGCAGCUGCAGUGUCCGAGCGGCAACACGCGGACUUACAAAAUCCGCGUGGUCACGUCCUGCAAGUGCAAGCGCUUCAGGCCUCAUCACAACCAGUCGGAGGCCAAGGAGGUCCCGAAGACGCAGCGGACCAAGAAGCACGGCCGCUCAUCUCAAGAUCGGAAAAAGAACAACACGCCAGUGAUGGGAAACUCGUACUGAUGCUGCUCUGCAGACGUCAUUCAUACACAAACACACACAAACAUGUCACACUACACACAAUCUCCUACAAAUAGGCAGGAGACGCAAGAGAAAUUUUUAAAGAGAGAAUUUAUAAGCUAAUUGCUGGGCUGAUCUUAAGUCAUCAGUCGUUUAUCUUUCAGCCACGUGUCAGCAUGUCUGUGGACUCUGCUUAUUUGCAUGACAAAAUGAAUCCAGGGCUGCGGCUGAUCAUGUUCCUCGUGCGCCAUGGUGGAUCAUAUGAGACAAGUAUUUUACCAUCCCAGCAGCUCCAGAAACGUCAUGGGCUCGGCUCUUUCCUCCACCCAAAACUGAUUUCAUUUAAGCAUUAUGAGAAGUGCUCCCUGAUGCUUCAAGCCCAUCUGUGCAAACAUCCAGAGGAUGAAGAGCUAUGCUGCGGUGCAACGCUGAAAAGGUGCAUAUCCGCUCCAAAAAUUGGCCGCAAUCCAUCUCCUUCUGACUGCAUGUAGAGGAUAUGGUGGCAGCCCUGGGGCUCUUAUGGUGAGAUGUUGACAGUUUUGGAGAGUCCUGGCCUGAAAGGUGGUGCAUGCAGCUCCCUGGCAGCCCACCUCGCUCAUCUGGACAGACCUACCACGCUCUCUACGCUGCAUCCGCCCCAUCCAGGCCUGUCAGUCACAGUAGCCCUUUCCCACGAGUAGAAACAGUGAGUCAGGAUAGACUCACUGCUAACACCACAGGGGGGCACUGGACAUUCCUGUGAUUCUUCUUAAUUACUAAAUGAGCCCAUUCCUGUGUUAGGAUUUAAGUCAUAAAAAGCCAUUUCCUCUAGCCAGUUCCUGUUUGCCGGAAUCACAUACAAAAAAGUGCACAUGUGUGUGUAGGAGGCAUCCGAAAAGUGUGCGUGGUGUGCUGUUACCUCGGGGCAGAGUGCUCUCCAACACGCCCACACCGGAAUUCUUUUGUAAUGGGCCAAAUAGAGCAUCAAGCGGCCAUCCACAGCCAAAAAUCCCUCUGCAAGAUUCAAAACACCUCCAAUCCUCUCCGCACCGUUCUGUAAAUAGCUCAGACAGGGAAACAAUAAUUCUGUUUUUUUAUCAUUGCAUUGACUGCUCAAAUCCAACAGGAAGAGGAAGUGAUGAAUAUUCACAAUGUUUCCACAUGUUGUCAGUACUCCGUUGUUUUUCCCUGCUCAUAUCGCUUCCUAAAUUUCGGUUCUCUUAAACUGUACUGACAAUGUUUGCUUCUUUUUCCGACUCUCAUGUUUGAAAUAGCAACUGGAAGGGGUUUUUUUUUUUUGUCGUGCAAACCGAGAGCCGCGAUGGAAACCUGUGUGGUCGUCUGCAGCGGUGCCCUCGCACCGGCGUGGGUGUUACGGAGAAGCAGGAAGGGACGAGGGAGGGCAGGAGGGCCGUUUCUACACAGACAGACGCAAAGAUGGACUGCUUUAAAGAAUGAACUGCAUAUUUAUUUUUUAUUUCCACAUUUAAAUUAUUUAUGCAACCUUUUGUAGUGAAUGAUAGCCAUUAUUGUCAUAUAGGAUGUUCGAGACUUUGUAAAUGAAAUUCUGUACAGUACAUGAAUAAAGUAAAGGCAGAUAUAUUUGAAAGAA